UAAUUUUUCAAAAGUGAAAAAGAGAAAGAGAUCGAAAGAGCUGACGUCGGAUAUGAAGUGGUCACUGGCAGCUGUGUGUCUCCUGGUGUUGUUUGUCACCAGCCAUGGGAAGCCACCGAAGUGUCCGCCCGCAGAGGAGGGACAACCGUACAACAUCACCCACAGUACAAGCAUCAGGCACAACUUGAGAGACCUAUCCUGGCGCUUCCAGUUCCCCACGGGCAAGCACGAAGAAGUCUCCUACUGCUACCACGAUGAGACAAUUUGCUUUGACCUUUUCGAUGAGUACACCACUUACAGACGAUUGGACGGCGACGCAUUCACGUGCCACCUGGAGAUAGGUCACGUGAAUAACCAGCACCGAGGACUGGUCGUGGAGUUUGUGGCUACAAAUGAGAGUGUCGGUCACUCUCAAACUCUGUUCGUCUGUGAGAUGGAGGUAUACCUAAAGCCACAAGGUUCUCAGUGUCACGCUGUAGAAGUAGCGCCCAAACACGUGGAGGUCACGUGCAACACUAAAAAAGUCUACCCACAAGCUUCGUUUGAGCUCUUACAAGUUGAGAUGUCGUCCGACCACUCAGAGAAAAUAAACCAGUCACUUAUAGACCAAUCGCAUAAGCAGACCGUCGAAGAUGGGGCGAUGUAUUUCUCCUCGACUUGGAAGACUUCUACCCUUGUAAAUCGUGCGGGUAAGUAUGUAUUCUUUGCCACGAUUACACCGGGAUUGUCACCUGAAGCUAUGGAGAAUAUUGUAAUCAAGCCAGCACACACAUCUAUCGAAGUCACAGCAGGGGACCGUAUUGUCCAACUCCCGUCUCCGAAAUGGCCUGUCAACAUUUGCCGGAAUGGAGAAAGCACCAUUGUUGUUACUUGUAAGGCACAGGGGUUCAAAUCGCAAAUCAGGUUUUUCUGGAAGAAGGGCCACAGCUCUGUGCUUCCAACCCAGUAUACGUCUACCAGCAUACAGAGCAGCAAUUAUUCUGAAAGCUACGGUCUUUACGAGUACGAGUCGACGUUUGAAUUUAACGUGACCGAGGCAGACAACAACACACUGCUAACGUGUGGGGCAGAUGAGACAGACUCGAGAUACCUGUUGGAGAAACCUCUUCAGGCUGAGAGUAAACUUUCCCUGAGGUGGCCCCCGCGAGCAGAGCCCAAGUUCAUGACUUCUGGCGGCGAGGAGGUCACAGCGUCCUCCAUCUCGUCUUACGACGAUGCUCCUAUCUCUCUCGCCUGUCUGGUCGAGGGCGGGAACCCCCCUGUGUCUCAUACAAGCGUCACGUGCGACAAACUGCCUGGGAAAGAGGUCCAAGAAAGGAACGGUCAGGAACAGAGGCGACAUUUUUUUGAGGACGCCAACUCUGUCAAGUUCAAAUUGACGGGCGUUCCCGGGGAGUCGUACAUGUGCACUUGUAUUGCGUCCCACCAGACGGAGUGCUAUCACAAACGCCGAACGCUUACCAUAAGCCUCUUCAACAACAGCAAAGAACAAAUCAGAGCAGACAAAUCCAACACCACCGUGAUUGUAAUCUGGGCUGUCAUUCCUCUUGUCAUCGCCAUCGCCAUCGUUCUUCUCAUUUUCUAUGCAGUACGGAAACUAAGAAAAAGGAGGAAAACUUGCAAAAAUGCAACCAUGUACUGUUCAUCAUCUGAUAUAAUGUAUGAAACCGUAGACGAGCCCAUCGACCAAGACAUAAAAUUGUGAGAAACACAUUAGCCUGUGUGAUUGAUCAUAAAAGUUUUCGCUGGCGAGUCUCUCGUCUCACGCGAGCAGUUGGAGGGCGCCACUGGUAGGUCCUACUUCUUUACUUUCCCUCUGCUGUUUCUGUCUGUCUUACUUUCCCCAGCACGAAAUGACCAUUAUUGUGUCGAUGUGCUUCUCUUUAUUUAAACAAACAAACAAAAAACCAACCAAACACACCAACGAACCUCGUCGCAGCUAUACAUAGGUUUUUAGAGAUCAUUGCAUGAUGAUCACAUUAUAUUCAACUUCUCUUUCCAGUAAGGAAAAAUGUUCUACAAACUUAAUGUUAGACUGUUGAAAGAUAAAGAGUGCUGUAAAAUCAUUCUGAAUUGUAAUUGAGGCAUAGAAAGACGUAAAUCCCCAUCGCCGACGGGAAAUGCUAAAAAAAAAACCCAAAUAAUUAAAGACGUAUCUCAGCCAUUUCAGUUGUUUUCAGGCAAUGGAAACGUUUUAGAGCAAAUAUGCAUUAAUAUUGUAUUUGAACUACCUAGAAAAGCGUUUGAUUCCUGGUCCUAUACUAUAAGGACAAAAGUGUACUGCAUCGUGCAGGACAAACAAAAAGUGAGUUGAAAAUUAAAGAACAUUAAAGGGCACGGGGAGUCUAGUUGAGAGCCUGGCUGAAGUGAGGAGGGAGAAAGAGAUAGGCUGCAAUGGUUGUUGUUGUUUUUUAAAUCUCCAGAGAAAUGUAGGUCGAAGCUCAAAAUAAAUCCUUCGAUCAUGCCUCAGCGAGUAUGGGCAAAUUUAUAGGUCAACUGGACCUUCCCAGGUUAACAAAAGUAGAAGCUUGUGCGUAUGGUGCCCCUACAUCGGAGGGAAAAGUGGAAUCAAAAUGAAACCGGGAUCUCUUUGAUGAGACAGUCUAUCAGUGGAGUUUUAUCAAUAAAGGUCUGGCCGCACAUCAAGAUCCCUCUAUUGCAAUGCUUCGAUUAUUGUCUCCAAGCCGAAAAACGAUUGAUAAUGGGCUUUUAGCUCUGAGGAAAUUUCAGGAAAGUCACAGAUUCACAAGGUGUAUAUUUCUGCAUAAUUAGUAUGUUGUGUUAUUUUGUUGUUUUUUUUGGCAUAGCUUAGAAUUAAGUAUGUUUGAAGCAAAAUUGUGCCUUCCGCGUUCGCGCGCGCUCAAUAGAAUAGGAAAAUAGCUGGAAUAAAAUUUGCUGUUCACGUAACACUAACUUUCGAAUUCUUCUGAUAGACGCGACUUUUAAAAGCUUAGAUUUAAAACUGCCGAUAGGUUUUGGCCUGAUUACUGGCAGAGAGGUCGCUAAAGCUGAAUCGAUUUUGUAUAUUUGCAUGUUGUAACAAGAACGCUGGUUCUUACCUAUACACACGUUAGGGCACGGAGCUAUACUUCUCGCCUCCUACAUCAUCUUUUAAGAAUUUUUACAGUCCACUAAAUCAAACCACCGGCCGGUGUCUAACCAGACUAACCACAACCGUCUCACACUAGGUACACGGUAUUCUCUGCCGCAAUUCCGCUUCUUGCAGGAGUGCGUUCUCGCUCACACUUUGCUGCACACCAUAAACAUGUCAACAUAAUACGCACGUUUCCGAAUCGUCCAAAAACAACCUACUACACAUGUAUUUAUUUAUUUUUGACUUUGUAAUGUGUACAAAGUUGAGAAACGGUCUCUGUAGUUCAGUGUGGAGGACAGGGCUUAGUUUUACCACCCUACUACAUGCCCUGAUGAUCACUGAAGUGUCCCGGGACUAGAAGCGGUCAACGGAAGGCGAUAACUUGUAAGGGCACUUUAUAAGUGUCACAACCCUGAAUUACCAUAAGACAUCACAUAGAUGUCAAGGUUCAACGUGCCAAAAUUAUCUAUUGUGUGUCAAAUCUUUUAGCAUAGGUUACGAGAUAAAACACAACCACUGUAUCAUUUAGAAGCGGCCCCCUUGUGCGUUUUCGGCAUUCAUUUAACUGCUUGUGGCGCUGAUGACACAGUAACUCCUACGUUUGGUCUCUCUAUGAGCUGACCUGUUUGACAGGGUAACCAAAGUGAGACAAAGAACCAGAUAGAAAUGAGGUCACACACGAAACGCUUUCCCACAUUAGGAAAAUAAUCAGCAAAAUGUUUAAUUUGAGGUGGCAUCACUGAGAUGUGAAUGAAACCAAAUCCUGAAUUCCAUAUUGUAUAUUCAGUUCACCACCAAAAUAAUCGAGAAAACAUCUCAAUAAUUAAUCUUUAUCCCCACUUUGGGCAAAACGUAAUUUUAACUUGUAAACGUGCAAUGGGAAUAAUGGUCUCAACAUGUAACUAAAGAUGUGAAUACACACACUGAAGGCAAA